CGAGCCAGGACCGGGACUGAGGAGCUGCCGGCCAGGCGGGCCCGGCCUGAGAGGCGGAGCCGCUGAGAGGAGGGGCGACGACGGAGGAACGGAGGCGGAGAAUCGGGGGUGGAGGGAAACCGGGGAAAGGAGGAGCCAGAGAAAGGAGGAGCUGGGGAAAGGACCAGGAGGAGUGGCCCGGAGCAGAGCGGGGACGCUAGGAGAGGAGGCUGAGGAGGGCCCAGUCAGCGCGGGGAGGAGCCAGCAAAGUGGCGGCGGCGGCACCUGAGCUUACCUGAAGGUUCUACUGUAAACUACAGGCCAGAAUUUGUGUCUUCAACAAAGAAGAACAGUCUCAGAGCCUCAUGGAAGAGGAGCAUAUCAGGCCUUCGGGUUUGGACUGGAAUUACACCAUCGGCUUUCCUGGACUUCCAGCUUGCAGACAGCAGAUCGUGAGACUUCUCAGCUUUCAUGAUUGUUCUGGAGGUAGGCAGUCCGGGCUGCAUGGCUACAUGACAACUCUGCUGCGUGAAGUUGUCCGGGGAUCCAGACUCCUAUCCUGUGGCUCAACCAAUCCUAGGGUAUGUCGCUUUUCCACGUGGCUUAAAAUGGCUCUCCACAAUGCCUAAGAACCAAAUAGCAGGAAGAAGGAAGUAGGAGAAGGAGGAGAUGCCAUCUCCCUUUAAGAGUUUGAAGAGGAGGUUCUUCAGGUCUCUUCUAGCCACAUCCCGUUGUCAACAGCUUAAUCACAUGACCACAACUGGCUGAAGAGGACUUGCAGGAGAGAGCAAGAUGUGGCAGAUGAAAGUGUCAAGCUAAGAUGAAAGAUCUCUGUCCUUGUAACCUGGACCUUUGGAGAGGCUCCUUGAUGGAUAAGGACAUCUGCAGGCAGAGGAGGAAGCCCAUUAGCAGGCUGCAAGAUACAAGAAGAAGAAGAAGAAGAGGAAGAGGAAGAGGAAGAAGAAGAAGAAACAAAACUAAAUAGGCAAUGUCUAACUCCAGGGCCAGAGGCAUUCAAGUCAGUUCUUAAAACAUUGAGUGCCUGCAUGCACGAGGAAGGCACAGUACUGAUUCACCAAGGGGAUUCCUGAAGGUCUAAGUUACACGUUUUUCAGAAUGAGUCUACAUGAAGCAACAAGAGAAGGCAGCUGUGCUGAUGGUGGGAAGGAACCAAUAUCCAUGGCUGUCCCCCUGGAGCUGGAGGAGACAGAGGUCUCUGAGGUUCCACCAAAAUAUGGAACUUGAUUUUGGACAUUUUGACGAAAGAGAUAAGACAUCCAGGAACAUGCGAGGCUCACGGAUGAAUGGGCUGCCUAGCCCCACUCACAGCGCCCACUGUAGCUUCUACCGAACCAGAACCUUGCAGGCACUGAGCAACGAGAAGAAAGCAAAGAAGGUACGUUUCUACCGCAAUGGGGACCGCUACUUCAAGGGGAUUGUGUACGCUGUGUCCUCUGACCGUUUUCGCAGCUUUGACGCCUUGCUGGCUGACCUGACUCGAUCUCUGUCUGACAACAUCAACCUGCCUCAGGGAGUGCGUUACAUUUACACCAUUGAUGGAUCCAGGAAAAUCGGAAGCAUGGAUGAACUGGAGGAAGGGGAAAGCUAUGUUUGUUCCUCAGACAACUUCUUUAAAAAGGUGGAAUACACCAAGAAUGUCAAUCCUAACUGGUCUGUCAAUGUGAAGACAUCUGCCAAUAUGAAAGCCCCCCAGUCCCUGGCUAGCAGCAACAGUGCCCAGGCCAGGGAAAACAAGGACUUUGUGCGCCCCAAGCUGGUAACCAUCAUCCGCAGUGGGGUGAAGCCUCGGAAAGCUGUGCGUGUGCUUCUGAACAAGAAGACAGCCCACUCUUUUGAGCAAGUCCUCACUGACAUCACUGAAGCCAUCAAACUAGAGACCGGGGUUGUCAAAAAACUCUACACUCUGGAUGGAAAACAGGUAACCUGUCUCCAUGAUUUCUUUGGUGAUGACGAUGUGUUUAUUGCCUGUGGUCCUGAAAAAUUUCGCUAUGCACAGGAUGACUUUUCUCUGGAUGAAAAUGAAUGCCGAGUCAUGAAGGGAAACCCAUCAGCCACAGCUGGCCCAAAGGCAUCCCCAACACCUCAGAAGAGUUCAGCCAAGAGCCCUGGCCCCAUGCGCCGGAGCAAGUCUCCUGCUGACUCAGCAAAUGGAACCUCAAGCAGCCAGCUCUCUACCCCCAAGUCUAAGCAGUCUCCCAUCUCUACGCCCACCAGUCCUGGCAGCCUCCGGAAGCACAAGGACCUGUACCUGCCUCUGUCCUUGGAUGACUCAGACUCACUUGGUGAUUCCAUGUGAAGGAGGAGAGAGCGUUCAGAGUCCAGAGUACAAAUCCAAGCUUACCGUUACAAUAGGGUACUUCUGCUCAAGUGUCCAACAGGGCUAUUGGUGCUUUCAAGUUUUUAUUUUUUCUUAUUGUUAUUUUUAAAAACACACUGUAAUAUGUUGGGUUUAUUUUCCUGUGAUUUCUCCUCUGGGCCACUGAUCCACAGUUAUCAAUUAUAAGAGAUAGAUUGAUAACCAUCCAUUGGGGUAACUUUCCAGGAAUGCAAAAUGUGCUAGUCCAUGACGUUUCUAUUGAAUAUUUAGGCACCUGCGUUAUUUUUCCCGUCUCACUUUGCUCAUACACGACAGUCUUCCUUCUGUAGAGGGUUGUUUACAUACAUAACACUUAAAAUGUGUGUGUGGGGGGAAACUCAUUGGCAAAUCCAAGAGUGACAAACACAAGUGCCCCUUGUCUCCCGAUCUCAAGAAUGCUGGAGGCUCCUGGGAGGACAGCAAGGCAGCUCCCCAGCCUCGCUCUUCACUCCUGAUUGAGCCCCUAGUUUGUUGUCUAGCACCAGUUCUGGCUGCCAAGGGGGAGAAGCACCAGCAACUUGUAAUUCUGACACCAGAUGCUUAGGACCCCAGUGUGAGGGCUAGCUAAAAGAGAAUUGGCAGAAUGGGGAAACACUGGGGACAUUUCAGCAGAGUUUUAUAAAGUACAGUGAAUUCCUUGUCAACCUCUCCACUGGGACAAUUUGGAAUCAAUAAGCAAUUAAUAAGAGUUGGGGGUGAGGGACUUCAUAUACCUGAUUCCACUAGGAGGCUGUCUAACAUAGCAAGUUAUUACACAAACUGUAUGGUAUCCAUCUAUCUCUGUUCUAUUGAAUGCCUUGUAAACAGCCAACACUGAAAACACUGUGAAAUUUGUUUUCAGGUCUGACACCUUUCGGUCGCUUUUUAUAGCAAGAAGCCAAUAUCCUUUUUAUAAAACAUUGUGUCUGUAUUUCAGGAGCAAACUCUUCAGGCUCCUUUUUUAUAAACUGGUGAUUUUCUUUUGUCUAAAAAACACAUGCAGAAAAUUUACCAAAAAAAAAUGCAGAAGAAUAACGUAGUUUAGAAAUCAUGCUGUCACUGCCAAACAGAAACCUCCAGGAGAAAACAAAAUGAAUAGCAGAGGCCAAUUCAAUAGAAUCAGUCUUUUGAUAACUUUUUAACAGUUAUACUUACAUUAAUAAUUUCAAUGUGGACCAGACAUUCUAGUUAUAUUUUAAAUGAAAUGUUAUGGCAUAUUUUAAGCAACUCUUUUUUAUCUAGAUUCCUGGUAUUUCAUACUAAAGACACAGAAACCUUUCACUUGUCUUUAACACUAGAAAGGAUUUCUCUUUGCUAAGGACUGAUCAUUUGAAGUAAUUCUCAGUCUUUGAGGUACAGGUUCAUAACGCUGCUUUUUGUUUGUAAUCACAGCCCAUAAUGGCAAAGACAAGGAACUUUAAGUGAAAGCCAUGCAUGCCAAUUCUGUGUUUGCUUUUAGCAGAUAUGAAGAUGUCCUUAUUUCUUUGUAAUUGUUCAGAUAGUUUGAAAGGUGCAGCAUUCAAAGCCAAACUGCUGCUUGGCUAGUGAAUGACUUGCAGUUGUUUAUCCACUUUAACUGGAAUAAGCUUGCUGUGUGUGUGUGUGUGUGUAUGUGUGUGCACGCGCGCGCGUGUGUGCAGCUGCUUCAUAAUUAGGAGAUACUACAGGAUACUCCAACAUGGAUCAGUGGCAACUGCUGAUGUGCACUGUGUAGGAGGGAACUCAGUGGUGGAAGGAGUAGCUCAAAUGCCCCCAGACAAGCUUCAGAUGUCCUUAGCUACAAAAAACAUUUUUGGUUCGAGAAAAGUCCACAUGAUGGUAGUACUGAUUCCUGGUUAAAUUGGUCAUUGAAGAACCCAAAAUUAUGAGAAUCUCUUUUUGCCCCUCUCCUUUAUUUGUAGGCCUGUUAGAAACCAUUAAGAAGCCCAUUUUACUUACCCCCUACCUCUUUCUAGAAGCUAAGGUUUUCUUAGUGCCUCUCAGAAUAAUUUGUAGUUAAUUGAGAAAAAUUGUUACUUGGAAUGGAGAGGGAGUGUAGAGAGUGGUAGGAGGUCUGUUUCUAAACUUCAAGCCAGAUGGCCAAAGAUUCCACCCACAGUCUUUCUCCAGAUCUCAUUUCGUCCAAUUCCUUCAAUUAAAGAUGAAACAGAGGCUGAGGCAGCCCAAUGACCUGCUGGUAAAGAGCAUGGCCAGAGGAGGAAUUCAGAUUUCCCUAUGUCCAGGCCCUAUGUUACCUCUCUGAGCCUUUCCUUGCUUGUGAAUAUGCACCAUUAGAAAAUAUGAAAUGGACAUAUUUUCUUUAGAAUGAUCUUUGAACCAACAAUCUUCUAGAAUAAUAAUAGAUUUUCCAUCUUUCUUUUAAUCAAUUAUAAGGAAAUAUUUCUGUACUGCCAUUUCAGGGGGCCUUGGUAUAGUUCAAAAUUCAAGCCUUCAAUAAUUGCAUUUUAAAUUAGCCUAUUUUCAAGGCAAAAAAACCCAGUUGUAACUGAGCACCUUCACCCCUGUCUUUCAUUCCCAAUUUUACCAGAUCUAGUUUUACCACUAAAGUCCCGUUGUAUUACCUUCUGCACAGUCAGCAAAUAUCAAGUAUUCAGUAAGUAUUUACCUCCGCUACCCCCAUUCUCCCUCCUUCUUUCACACACACACACAAACACACACAUAAUCCAUCUGUUGCUUGUUCCUACCUCCUUAUUUUUUUCCCUUACAGAAAUAGAAAUAGGGACAAAGAAGGGGAAAAUGUAUAUAUGGGGGCUGGGCUGAACAACUUCAUAAGUAGUGUUAACUAGGAGUAAAUUGAGAGAAAAGUUCCUUUUCUCUUCACUGUUUUGGAAAGGAUAGCCAUUAGCAUGACUGCUUUGUGUCCUUACAGACUUUAGUAUUAGCCUAGAUUGAAUCAUAGAGUUUUCUAGCUGGAAGGAACCUUAAGAUCACAUCAUGUACUUCAAAUUCCUCAUUUUCAGGCCAGGAACGGAGAUGCAGAGGUAAAGUAAUUUCCCCAAGGUCACACAGCUGGCUAGGGGCAGGGCUGGGAUUAGAACCCACAUCUCCUGGCUCUUAUUCCAGGGCCUUUUCCCACUGAACUGUAUUGCCUUCCACUAGGCUCCUGAGAAUUCUUUCCCAGGGUCAUGUUGCAUCUUGGAGCCAUAUGCUGCUGCCCUGAUCUCAGUGGGAAAUCCUCCAAGCAACCUAAUACGGCUCUUUCUCCCUGUAUUCAUAUGGUUCCCAUCCACAUGGACUGCAGAUGUCUCCAAAGAGCAGGAGGCAUCGAGGACCAACGGGAACAAUGAGGGCCCUUGCCUUGUCCAUCCAACACAAGGAAUCACUGCCCCUCCUUGAGGAGCCCUCCGAACAGCCCCCCGAGCUUCUGUCCUGUCCAAAGCGAAUGGAGGAAGACUGGUUUUCCUUGGCAGCUCAACUCAUCUCACCUCAUACUGGUUGGUCUUCACGAGCUGAGGGAAAUGUUUCUUGUUCCUAGAGCAGGGAAAGGAAGGAAGGAAGAGCGGAACAAUAGCUUUGUUCAUCCAGACUUUCUGAGGUGGCUUUGCAGUAUUUUUAAGUGACUGUGGCUGUGAUUCAUUGGCAAUAAGUUCUUUUAAAAUAUGAGAGUGAGAUUAGCUAGCGAAAAUAACCUGGUCUUGCUGCAGUAGCCCUCAUCCACAAUGUCCCCAUAGCCGUCCUGCCCUGAUGGGGGGCAAUUUCCAGGUAUAAGCAAGGGGUUUGUGACUAAUAUGUACCCUGGCUGAUGUUAAACAUUGGCUCCUUGUAUUUGCACUAAAAUAGCAAGGUAUGUGCUUUACACACCCUACUCAUCUUUUUGUGUACACUGCUCCUGUGGCCUUCCAUAGCAGAAACCAGGGCAACAAGAUCUGAACACAUAGUUUUCCUUGCAGCAAGGCUCUUCCUGGAAACUAAGGGGUAUUCAUUAGUUCGGUUCCAAGAGACCUCCUUCUCAGUUUACCCCACUCCUAAGGAAAUUCUCUCUUUUGUGCUUCUUCCCAAUCAUAAUUAACCAAGGAACUUUAAAAUGGACCUGUAAUUAUCUGAAGAAGGCAAGAAGGGGUCUGAGCCCCUAAAUCCUUCUUUAAAUCACCCAGCCCCAGUCAUAGACCAGCAAUCCAGUGCUUGCCUUAGACAAAAUUGUCUACUUCCAUGCUCCCUUCAAUACUCUGGAUGGACAUGCCCCCAAUCCCCCUCAGAUUUGGUUCUAAAUAGCUUUUCUUUUCUUAAAGAACACAUCUCCCUUGGACAGGGGAACAAGCAUGCCCAUGUUCUCAAAAUGAGCUCCAGCAUGCUGAUGAGGAUGUUCCUAAAGAUCAGCCCACCUUAGAAACAUCUAUGCCAAGAGACCUUUCCAGACAGAUGCAGUGGGGCAGUGGGCUUUGAAUGACCUGUUUCACUGUCCAGGUUGCUAUGGAAAUAAAAGGCAAUGGAGAUUUCUUUCUUUAAAAAAAGCCAUUGGAAGCUGUCCUUGGCCACAUGGGGCCACUUGGAUCUCCAAGGCUAGACCUCACUCACAUAUUGCCCUCAUUGCAUUAAGGGAUUUGGCUCUUAGGCCUAGGCUGGUUUCCUAAGUAAACCAUCAGUGUUUUGAAACUCAUCUGGAAUGGGUGAGGGGUUAAAGUCCUAUGUUUUGGGACCAGGAACCUAGAGAGAAUGAAAGCCCAGCCAUUGAUAUGCCAGAAGUGACCUGAGGCCUCCUGUAUAGCAAUGGAGCCUUGCUGGGCUCCCUGAGUCUCUCUCCUGGUAUAGAACUUCGAACCUAUCACACUUCAACCUCUGCUUGAAGAAGGAGAACCCAUAUUAGCCUUGUCCACUGUUCUAUGAUUUCAUGCAGGAUUUCCUCUUCCUUACAGGUGUGACCACCUGGAGCAAGGACACUGCACUGAUUCCUCAUGCCUACCUUUUGGCUGGAGAGGCAUCUGGAGAGGAGGUUCUCUGGCUAUUGCUGGCCAAGACCCACUCUAGUGCUGUUAACAGUCAGUGGAUUGCCCUUAGCCCUAAAGGUUGUGAUUAUUGACCAAGACAACACAAGUCAUUUUUUAAAAAUGAAUUCCUAAUUUUGUUCUUCUUCUGGCUAGCAUACCUCACUUUCCUAGAGGGUAAAAGGCUAGAGAUUUUUUCACACCGCAGCCAAGACAUGUGUGCAAGGAGGAAAAUGCAUUUCUAAACCCACAGAGCACUGACUCCAGUGGGCAGCCUACUAUGGGCUGGGAGUGUUAGCAGUUUCUCCAAACCCCUUCCACUUUUUCUUUUCAGAGACUAAAAGGCUCCCUCUCCAUCAGCCUGUCUUUCAGUAUACCUAGCUAGAGAACUUUGCCCCUCCUCUCUUCAGGAAAAGGUGACUUCUUCCUCUGUCUCCCCUACGCUGCUCCCCAGAGCUUGUCUCCACCUCCAAAGAUCUAGUGUGGUCUUUACACCCAGCCUCUUGCUAUUGGUGUCACUUUCUGCUUGUUUCCCAUUAAGGAUUCAUGCAGCCCUCCUACUUUGGCCUAGGUAGCAUGACUCUUGAACUCUCCUUCCAACUGCCUAACUUUUUAUCUCUUAGUUUAUGGGCUUCAACAUUUUCUGGAAUCAGAGGCAAUCUUAUCUUACCUUGGAUGCCUGGGGCUAGGAGAAUAUAGAAUUCCCAUUUGGAAUUAAGGCAUCUUCCUGCACCUUAUUAGAAGGACAGGCUAGUUGGGAGAGGUCAGAUGGCAAAACAGAGGUCAGAGAAAACACCUUGUAAACUAAGGGAAAAGUGGGAGGCAUUGGAACUUUUCGUUUCUGAGUUAACAACCUGAGGAAAUCAAUGGCUUUUUGCCGCUGUCUCUCUCCCCUGUGUAUCUCUGUCUUCUUUCUCUCUCUAGUUCACUAUAUUUGCUCUUGGUUUUGUACUCUGUGUUAUCAUGCUCUUUCCACAGCACAAAUGUCCAUCCUUUGUCCUCUGAAAUUCUUCUCUCUCUCUUUCGUUGUCUCCCUCUUUCUUUUUCCUUCCUCCUUGUCGAGGCAUUGGGCAUACGCCUCUUCUCAGCCCUGUGAUUUUGUCUUGGUGAUGAGAAGUUAUUUCCAGACUCAACCAGCCCUGAUCCUACCCCAGUCCACUCAGAAGUAUAUUGAUGGGAAUCAAUCUGAUCCUGGCCCUCUCUUCUCCAUUUUCAGUUGUAAUUCCUCAAAGCAGAUCCUAACAAGCAGUUUCCUUAUAGCUCGUGUAUCUUUGGGUCUUUGCCUUCCAAGUACUGUACAGAAUACUUUGUGGUUCCUUUUUAGUCUGCCAUUUUGUGGAGCAGUGAAGUGUGCUCAGAAAAAUAAUCAGCUGAACAGAAAAAUCCACCCAUGGAUUCAUAUCAGCUAAAUACUAUUAAUUGAUUUUUUAAAAAUUUGCUCAUAGUUUCAAAAGCUGCAAUAUAAUAUAAUGAGAGACCACAGGUAAUUUCUCCCAUCAUUUGGUUUGGCUGGGUAGGGGUGUUGGGUGGGGGUAGCAAUUUGCUUAAAGUUUUACCUUUACACAUUAAGCUGUCUGUAAUAACUUUCUGUUUUGGGCUUGCCAACUGUUGAACUGUUUUAGCUAAACUGAUAGGCAAUUGAGGUUGAUUUAAAUGAAGAGGGUAUUUAACAAAUCCCUACUAUAAAAAGAAACAUUUACUUAAUCGAAAUGUAUUUUUCCUUCUGUUACUAAUUUACCUAAACGUUUACUAUUAACACCAACUGUUCAUGAUCCUGUGCAGGCAGUCUGUAUCAGAGUAAUUAAUGAAGCUAAAGAAGCCAGCUUGCAGGUGCUAAUUUAUUCAACAGAGUGCCCAACCCUUGGGAAUGUCACUGCUUGGCAAUACCAUAUGGAAUGCCCUUUCCAAUGCCAUUUCUUUAUAAGUUUUCUUACAGAGAUUUGAGCAAGUAAGAAAUUAUACCAAAAUGUCUCCAAUGUAUGGUCCUGUAAUAUAUUGCAGCUUGAAGCCAAUGAUCCCUUAUAACUUGUACACAACUAAUGCAUGUUUUGAUUGAAUUUUGCAUUUCUCAUGUGUGGUGAGUUCUUUAAAACAUUUUCGGUCACCUUUUUGUGCCAUUAAACUUGUACAGAAAACGCUUUUAUGGCCAUUUUCAAAGGGAGAAAGUUUGAAAUGGAAACAGCCCACCCUUUCUGCCCUAUAGCUGUAGUUAGAACUCAGUAACUGUAGCAAAACAGCUGUAAUUGGUGGUUGUAGUGUUAGAGGCGUUAGCUUGCUAGUGACUAGCUUUGGAGAGUAAAUGCAUGGUAUUGUACAUCGCAUUUCUUAAAUAACUCAUUUUAACCUCUGAAAAGAAUAUAUUCUUCCUUGUGGUCCCUCUUCCCUCCCUUGCCCCCUCUCUCCCCCUGCUCCCAGGUGUCUUACAGUUGUAAAUAACUGAUUUGGAGGCCAAUAAUUUUUGCCAAGUAAGGUCAGCAAAAAACAAACCAACCAAAAGGGAGAAAAUGUCGUCUCUCGGCAGUUAUUGACUAUUUCGCAAGAAAUGGCAUUGUGAUCAAAGACUCACGUCCCCUUUGCAUAAAAAUCAGUGGCAAAUUGGGAGUGUCUUUGACCAUUUGAUUAGAUUGCAGGAUUGGCUAGUUCUCAGAAUCACAUAUAAUCGAAAGACAGUGGACAAUGGCGGUCCCUACCCCUGCAGCAAUUUUGAGGGAUUUGGGGACCUCAGAAGGCUCUGCUUGAUCAAUGACCAAUGAUUAUUUUUCAAAAAGAAAAAAAAAACAGAGAACGACAACAGAUAUUGAGGGAUGUUUAGCUUCCCCUGUAGAAUAGUCAUAGCCAGAAAAGGCGAGGAUAUGGGUUUAUAUGCUUUGCUGUCGGUUUCCCAGGCAAUGCCUAACCCACUCUUAGACUGUGAUUCAAAAGCAGUGUUCCAAGAAGGCAUUCUCCUUUUUGGUUUGCUGUUCCCACUUGGACUGGUAGGUUUGGUGAGGCCCAUGUAAACCAGCGGGAGCAGACCCUUUUCAUCUCCUGUGCCUGUUAAUAUCCCUCUUCCUCCCUCCACAAUUUGAUGAGGGCUUUCUUUGGUCAGAGGACUUCAAAGUCUAGAGAAGUUCCCCAUGUGUGUAAUGUGUCGUGAACUGUGAGCGCUGCAGAUUCACAGCAUUCAAUACUGGGCAGCCAAAGAGCUGCUCUUGCAAUCAUUUUGGCUCUCAAGCUCUGUUCUUCAUCUCAUUCUCAUUUCUGUGUACAUUUGCAAGA